UCGGCGCGGUCCCACCGUUUACACUCAACGGUCCCACUCACUGAAAUCUCUAUUUCAGUGGUCCCACUACAUCAGAGGCUAUCGCCAUAGCAAAAAUAAAAUUUCGGAAAGAGUAUUGUUGGAGAUUUAUUUCUUCUCGAAUUUACUUUUUAGUUUCAUAUGUUUUUUGUAUUGGCUCGUCCGUCCACGGUUGUAGUUGAAGGUAAUCACUGGAUUCAGACAAUACUAAGCAUCUUCAUGAGGCGAUCAUCAUCAAAAUCUUGUUGCAUACCAACAAUAGCUCAAAUGGCUCCAGACUUAGCACUACCAGCUUAUCGAAUCCCAAAAAAUAUGCGUAAGAUUUUCGAGAACCGUAUGAAAAGUUUUCCUGGUAUAUCCUCUGCACAGGAAGCUCUAUUGGCAGACAUAAAUAACAUUAUGAGCAAAGAAGAGAUCACAGCUGAUACUUAUAUACAACAGCUAAAACUGAUGUUGCACAUAGAAGAAUAUGAAAGGGAAAAAGAAAUGCGCAAGUUUGAUCUACACAAUCAAAAAAUUGUUAAGAAGAACAACGAGUUUCUUGUUCAUGUACCAGGCCUUACUGAGGAAAGACCAUCACUGCAACUACAUGAUGAAGUACAACUUCGUCAAACUAAUGGACGUAACUUGUGCUAUGCUUAUAUUUCGUUCAUUGGGCAAAACUUUGUUAAAGUGGUACCGACCACCAAAUUUUUGCAGAGGUUCACAGAAGACGAUUUGUACAAUAUCAAGUUCUUGAUGCCGAGAAGGACUAUACAAUGUUGUCAUUAUGCCCUUGAUGUAGUAAAAACAAAUCAACUGGUACCUGCUAUGUUUCCGGAAAUGAGAUCCAUUUACAAUAAAUCAUGCAGAGAACUUUUUUGGUUUAAUGAGAAAAUUGCUGAAAACCAAGAGCAAAAACAAGCAAUCCAUAACAUUAUAGCAAGAACUGCUAGGCCAGCUCCUUAUAUCUUAUUUGGUCCACCUGGCACUGGAAAAACCGAAACCCUUGUUGAGGCUGUUACUCAGAUAUGGAAAACUAAUUCUUUCAAUCACAUAUUGAUUUGCACCCCAUCGAAUGCAGCUGCUGAUGAAAUUCUGAAGAGAUUAUUGACCAUUGUUCCUGAACGAGACGUCCAUCGAAUGUAUGGGUCAUCACGAAGUUGGGAUGAGGUAAAUGAACAAAUUCAGCCAUGUGCUAACUUUGUCGAGAGAGAAAUAAUUUUUUUGCCAAAGGAACUGAUUAUGUUGAAACGUAUCGUAGUGGUUACUGCCAUGUCUUGUGCAAGGUUGUGGGCAUUAAAGUUGAGAGAAAAUCACUUCUCUUAUGUGUUCAUAGAUGAAGCUGGUCAGGCAACAGAACCAGAAUCUUUGAUUCCAUUAACUCUCGUGAGCAGUGCGGAUUCUUUCUACCAGGGACGUUUCCAAGGUCAAGUAGUCAUCGCUGGUGAUCCCAUGCAAUUGGGUCCAAGCAUUGCUCCUAAGAGCAUGACUUUGCUGGGAAAAUCCCUACUGGAACGCCUUAUGAAGCAAUGUUUACCCUAUAAGAAAGAUAACACUGGCAAAUACAAUCCAAAUUACAUAACCAAGCUCAGAAGAAACUUCAGGAGCCAUAAAUCUAUACUCCAUGUCCCAAAUAAACUCUUUUAUGAUAACGAACUUGUUCAGUGUGGUAAAGACGCAGUCAUCAAUAGAGCACUGGGCUAUGCUCAUUUGCCAAAUAACUCUUUUCCUUUGAUAUUUCAUGGUGUACAGGGACAAGAAAUCAGGGAAAAAAACUCACCUAGCGUAUGUAAUAUGGAAGAAGUUGGUAUAACAAUGAAUUAUCUCCAAAAAUUAAUUGGAGCCAAACUUGGAGGCAGAGAAUUGGAACUGAAGGAUAUUGGAAUUGUUACACCUUACAAACUUCAGAGAACAAAACUUCGCCAGAAGUUAGAAGAAAAAAACUGGGACGAUAUAUCUGUUGGAACUGUAGAAACUUUCCAGGGUCAAGAAAGGGACGUUAUUAUUAUAUCUACCGUGAGAUCACUUAUGUGUAACACCGGUACAAAAGCGCCGCUCGGGUUCUUAUCAAAUCCAAAGAGAUUUAAUGUGGCUGUGACAAGGGCAAAAUCUCUGCUGAUCACAAUAGGUCAUCCAACUAUUCUAAAGUUCGACCCAUGCUGGAAUGAACUGAUGUCUUAUUGCAUGGAUAAUGGAGCAUAUAUUGGAGAUCAUAGUCCAUCAAGUCACAAGCUUACCACAGGUGAAAAGAAGAAACUUAUUGCAAAGAAGUAUGUUCCGCCAAAAAAAAGAGCUGCUCAAGACUUUCAGUUCCCUGACUUGGAAACUCCUGAAAUAGACGGUUCUCGAAACUGCGUAUUUCCAAAAAACUCUUCACCACGAAGAGAGAGACGAAUGCCAAAGAUGAUCGAAGAUUAUAUUGGGGAAUUUUAAUUAGGUGAGCUUUGAUGUAAGUGGCGACACAAUUAGCAAUACAAAUUAAAAUCAUGUUCAAUAUGAUUCAGAAAAAAUCGAUAAAAAAUAAAUCAUUUCUCUUGCAUACUUUUGCAGGCGCAGGUGUAAUAAGUGUAUCAAAUAGUAGUCUAGCAACUGGUUCAAUGUAGUUAGGCCAAUCACGUGGGCGUUGGUAUAGAUACAGUUCUGGAACAAGAGAUAUCGUGUUUUAUGUGUAUUGGAACUGACUAAAAGUCGGUAGUGUUUCUGUUUAACUCUUUAAUUCAUUAUGGGGACGAAAAGAUAUCUGCUACCAGGGUGAUUUCGAUAGCUCGAUUGAAUCCAUGGAUUUGAACAAAGAUCAUGGUGGGUAGGCGUGAAUAUUAAGGUUUCAUUGAUCACUUCAAUCAUUUUUAUAAUAGUCAAGCCAAAGACGCUUAAGAUUUAGUGUUAUUGAGUGAUUUGUGUACACCGCAGUAUUAUUUUUAUGUUUCAUCAAAUAGCUGUAGUAAUUUGAUUUAUUCAUUUUUUUAAAUUAUGUUCUUAUGUAUUUUCUUGAUUGACUAAAGACGAUCCUUAAA